AUGGAGAAUCCCUUGAUGAGGAUUACGGAAAAUGUUCCAGAAGGAAUUCACUCCUUUGAGGAAAUGAAUUUCCAAGAAGAACUUUUAGAAAAUCUUCAUAAUUGCAAUUAUGAAUCGCCAACAUCCUUCCAAAAAUAUGCAAUUCCCGCCAUUAUGGCGGGAAUGGAUAUCAUGGCGUGUUCCCCUACUGGAACAGGGAAAACGGCGGCAUUUAUCUUGCCAAUAAUUGCAAAUUUGGUCGCAAAUCCUGCCGAUUGUGUCUGGGGUAGGCAUUCAAUGCCUAGAUGUUUGGUGCUGGUGCCAACGAGGGAAUUGGCAAUCCAAAUUGCAAGGGAAUUUCGCCGUUUCAGCCAAGGAUUGGGAUUGAAAGUGCGAGCUGUGUUUGGAGGGGCGAUGGCAAAAUUCCAAAAAUGCAACAUGAAGAACGGUUGCGAUAUACUUGUCGCAACCAUUGGCAGAUUGCAACAUUUCAUAGAUUUGAGGGUGAUUAAAUUUAAUUUAAUUCAAUUUUUAGUCCUCUCUCAACCCGACGAAAUGUUGGGUUCAAAUUUUUUGCCAGAGGUCAGCAAAUUGUUGCAAAAUACAUCCAUGGUGUCAGUGGAACAUCGGCAAACAAUAAUGUUUUCCGCAACUUUCCCCGAGGAAUUACAACUCGUUGCGGGGAGAUUUUUAAAACCGGAUUAUGGUUAUAUCACUGUUGGAACGGGUGGAGGUGCCAACCCUGUGAUUCAGCAACAAUUUCAUCGAGUUCCGAAAAUUGAAAAAAGAGAAAAAUUGACGGAAAUCCUUAAUCUUGCAAAAGAAAUCUUACUCUUAUUCUUAAUAUUACUCUAUUGAUUUUACUCUUACUCUCUUAAUAUAUCUAAUUCUUAUUCUUUCCUUUUUUAUUUAAUU